AUGGGCAACAGAAAGAUAGCAAUCAUUGGCGCUGGCCCAGCUGGAUGCUUGUUAGCAAGACUUCUUCAUCUCGCAGGAACAGAAGUGACUGUCUUUGAAGGCGAAGAUCACCCAAACUUCCGAUCCCAAGGAGGUACUCUGGAUCUACACACAGCCACAGGCCUAGCAGCUCUCAAGGAAGCCAAGGUCUUUGAUGAGUUUCUCAAGCACGCUCGAUAUGAUGGUCAAUACAUGGCCAUCGUAGACAAGAAUUUGGAAUACCAUCUCGAACGAAAUGCGGUCGGAAAAUACAACAAGAUCGAAGAACGCCCCGAGAUUGAUCGUUCUAGUCUCCGAGAGAUCCUGUCAAAUUCCCUACCCGAGGGUAUGAUCAAAUGGGGUUACCAUCUCAAAAAGGUGGAAGGUCGAUCCCUUGUCUUUGACCACACUACAGUCGACGGAUUCGAUCUCAUCGUAGGCGCAGACGGCGCGUGGAGCAAAGUACGAAAGGAAAUCGAUCCAAGUCUCAUUCCGGAAUUUGCUGGUAUCGGAAUGUUCGAGUUGGAGAUCACAGACGCCGAGAACAACGCCCCAGAGCUGUCUAAGCUGGUGAACCGAGGAAGUGUCUUUGCCAGCACGGAUGGUAACCGCACAAGUAUUCAACAGAUGGGCGAUGGCAGUCUGAACAUGUACUGCAGUUUUGUUACGGACAACCCGGACUGGUUCAAGCCAGAGAACUGCGGCUUCAACCCCCAUGAUUUGAAGGAGACAACGAAGGCCUUACUCGAGACGAGGUACAAAGAUUGGGACCCUCGUCUCCAACAGGCAAUCGAAUUAGCGAAUGGCCGUUGCAACCCGCGGUCACUUUUUAUGCUUCCCGUUGGCAGUAAAUGGGAACACAAGCAAGGCCUAACUCUCAUCGGCGACGCGGCUCAUCUCAUGACACCUUAUGCUGGCGAAGGCGUCAACCAGGCUCUCGACGAUGCGAUGCUACUUGCCAAAGCCAUCAAUGGAGCGGUUGGUAAAGGCGACCAAGAACUGGACAAGGCGAUCAAGAGUUUCGAAGAGGUCAUGUUUGCGCGUGUCGGUCCAGUUCAGGAACUCACAUGGGGAUUGCUACAGGACUGGAUGUAUACACCUGGAGCACCCAAGGCUGUCAUGGCAAAGUCAAUAAGCAGACAUGUUAGACAGCGGUUGCCAUGGGUGCUUCAGCCGUUGGGUGUGGCGGCUGUGCAUGGUUAUUAUUUCCUGAAGAACAAGAACUUGGUUAGUUGA